GGAUGACGAGACGCGUAGACUGUACGCGCAGCGCCGGUCGCUUUAAAGCCGAUGAGCGUCGAGCGAGGGAGGGAGCAGAAGCUGGUUUUUAUCUUUGACCGUAGCGUGAAGGGGGAGGAGGCGCGGACAAUGAGCUAUUCCUGCGGCGCCACCGCGCUCGUCCGCUCCGCGUAACGACAAGCUCCGACGCACGCAGAUCGCCUCGCGCGGCUCCAGCUCCGAGAGCGUCAGAGCCCCGGUCCCCGUCGGCUUCCACAGCGAACGGCCGUCUCCCGUCGGACAUGAAAGUGCAGCAGGGCUGCAACCCGUCAGACAUGGGGAUCCCGGUCACAACCGAGGAGGAGCUGCGCAGAAAUAGCGUGAUAACGCCCGAGGACGUGCUUGGGCUCCAGAAGAUCACCAAGAAUUAUCUCUGUUCCCCAGAAGAAAACGUACACAUGAUUGACUUCACCAGGUUUAAGAUCCGGGACAUGGAAACAGGGACGGUCCUCUUUGAGAUAACGAAGCCUCCAACACCAGCAGGGGGUAAGAAGCAGUGCGACCCCAACGCCGGCCGAUUCGUCCGCUACCAGUUCACUCCAGCUUUCCUGCAGCUGCGGCAGGUCGGAGCCACAGUGGAGUUCACGGUGGGAGACGCUCCCAUCAACAACUUCCGCAUGAUCGAGAGACACUACUUCCGCGACCAGCUCCUCAAGAGCUUCGAUUUCGAGUUCGGCUUCUGCAUGCCCAGCAGCAAGAACACGUGCGAGCACAUCUACGAGUUCCCCGCGCUGUCCGAGGAGCUCAUGCGCGAGAUGAUCCUGCAUCCCUACGAGACGCAGUCGGACAGCUUCUACUUUGUGGACAACAAACUGGUGAUGCACAACAAGGCAGAUUAUUCCUACAGCGGGGGCCCGUAGGCCGCCCUCCGCCCCCCCACCCCCUAGUCCCCCCCUGUAGACAUUCUCCAUGAUCCACGUACCAGGACCGGGACCGGACGAACCGAUGGACUAACGCUGGCGUUGGGCGCUCGCCUCUCCCCAUGUGGUGGUCGGCCGCCUGAACCGCAGACUCCUCCUCCGCCGCAUUCUGCCCGGCUCCAUCCUCCGUUUGCUCGCAUGAGCGCGUGCAGGCGUGGCUGUGUGGGCAGCGAACGCAUGCAGUGUCUGUACGUACAGUUCCGUUGAGUUCAGCCUGUUUAUGUGGCUCCGUUCCAUCAGCAGGGAAACUCUGAGUAGUUUACGUUUUGUGCCGUUUGAUGGGAGAUUAUGUGAAGAGAUACCGAGUAUUGGCCCGAAAUCCACCGCGAGACAAAGAGAGAAAUGUUUCUGUGAAGAAGGAUUAUGUGAUAAUAUUAAUUCCUCUCAGUAGUUGUAGUUCGUGUAGGAGUCUGAUUUAAGUUUCUACUUCUGAAGUUGAGUCUGAAUGAUCCGGUCCUCCUUCCAUGAUCUGUCAUUGUUCAGCUGAAUGGCAGCGACGGACACCUUGUGUCAUUUUUAUCGGUUCCGCGUCCAUUGUAGUGUACGACAGGAGUAUUUUUUAAACAAAUAGCUAUUUUAAAGUGUAUAAAGUAUGUAAAGUUUUACCAGUUGAAACUAAAUCACAGCAAUAAAUAUGAGAUUUCUUUUCAAAA